CUUAAUAUUUGUCAUUCGACAACAAUAGAUAUGGGGGAAUGGACGGAUAAUAAUAGUAAAGUUUGCAAUUUGGUUCCCUUGGAAACUAAUUACAGAAAAUUGUAUUUAAUUAUCAAAUUGUCGUAUAAAAUAUUAAACACAUAAGAAAAUGACAUCUGCUAAGGGAUGUAACAAUGAAAAGCUAUUUUCUGUUGAUAAUGACGUAUUAAUUUUUCAUCAAUAUUGUCGUCACAAUGUCUAGGGCUUGCGGCUGCUAGGGUCCGAGUGGGUGGUUAACAGGAGUACGAAGUCAACUGCCGAAGAAUAAACAUCACUAGUUGCAACAUAUAAGGGAUUUGGAUAAUAAUACACUUUACUUAUAUAAUGUAUUCUAUUCCUUUGAUAAUAUUAACUGACUUUUAUUUGCAGGUAUACGAUACAUUGCUAUAUAAAAAUAUUUAAAUAUUAUAAAACAGUGAACAUUGUACUUCAUUAACAAGGGACGAUAACAAUCGAGUUAUUUCUUCAAAUGGAAUAUUUAUUCGAAAACAUAAAUAAGGGCUUCGAGUUUAGAAGCAGAAUUAGUUGAAGGAAGAUAUGGCUAUGAAAUAUGGAAAGAUUUAGACAUAUAUUUUAAAGUAAGGCUGUACCACAUAACAAAUCCCGAAAAUGUCAUGGAAGGAGAAAAUCCUAUUAUCGAAGAACGUGGCCCCUAUGUUUAUAACUUAAACAUGAAGAAACGAGUGACACACGUGGAUGAAAAACUUGACGAGAUGGCUUUCACCAUAUUUAGAACUUAUCAGUUCAACAAAAGUGCAUCCGGAAGUUUUUCUGAAGAUGAUCAAGUCGUUUUAUUAAACAGUGCUUAUUUAGGAACCCUCAACACUAUAGCAACUAAAUUUCCGGCGUUCAUCGGCCGUUUUGGCAACAGUAUACAUAAUUUAUUUCCUAAAACUUACGAUGUAUUUUUACGUGGCAAAGUAAAAGACAUAUUAUUCGACGGAUUGCCAUUGAUAUGCGACCCUGUUAAAUACAAAGAUCUAGCUAUGUUAUGUAACUUUCUCAAAGGAAAAAAGCCACCCAUAAUUAAAGACACCGACAAACCAGGCGUCUAUUCAUACAGUUUGUUCGACAAAAAUAAUUAUACCGAUAGUGAUCCCUUUACAGUAAAUCGUGGUGUUGAAAAUAAAGACGCGUUAGGUAACACAACGUCGUACAAAAAUUUACGUAUAACAAAAUAUUGGAGUGAAAAAGAAUGCAAUGUAGUGUCGGGUACAGAUUCAAUAACUUGGGCACCAAUGACUGAAAAGUUACCAUUUGUAUCGGUAUACGAACCUAAUAUAUGUCGACGAAUGACGCCAAAUUUUAAAAGAGAAGUAAUAGUAAAUGGUUUAAUGGGCUACCGGUAUGAACUGGAUGAAACUACAUGGCUAAAAGAAAAUAUGGGUUGUUACUGUCUACCUAAUGCAAAAAAAGUACCGGAAUGUCUGCAAACCGGUCUUCUAGAAAUCACCAAAUGUCAGGAUGCACCGGUAAUAUUUUCUGAACCGCAUUUUCUUCAUGCGGAUCCGAACCUUUUGGAGUAUGCACGUGGCUUAAAACCAGAUCCAAUUGAACACACGACAUUUAUAACAAUCGAGCCUCUGAGCGGAGCACCACUCAGUGGUUCUAAAAAAAUUCAACUUAAUCUAAACUUACAAAGAAUUCCUGGCAUCACUUUGCUCGCAAAUGUUUCCGAAGGACUUUUUCCAAUUCUUUGGGCCGAAGAGGCAAAUGUAGCACGUGUUGAAUUGCUGGGACCAGUUAUUAAUGCACACCGUCUUUUAAAUGUUUUUAAAUACUUCACAUGGAUACCGAUUGUUAUUGGAAUAUUUUUAAUAACAAAACAGAUGUGGUAUCGCAGUCUUUCAGAACCAAAUGACACGUUAAAUCGCAUACAAGUAACAACAAUAACAACAACAGCAUUACGUCCGGAGGAUAAUAAUUUCCUACGUCAACCGAAUCAGCAACUCGCCUUGAUAAGACCCGCGAAUCGUAAUCGCAACCGCGUCUUCAAUAAGUGA